AUGUCCGAAAUCGAACACGACGGCCUUCCACUUAUGGACGACGAACAACCUGUUAUAAUGGAAUGUCCAAAUUGUGAUCAGGAGGUUCUGGAGGACAACCAGGAGGCAGAUACUACUAUGCCUGAGGCCUCGACAAUUACCAAAAAACAUUACAAGAAAGCCAUCAAAGCCCUCAUGAAAUCCUGCAAGGCCCAAAAAACCUUGGAGAGAGUUAUACUAAGUGUGGCCGAUGAAAUGUGUAACAACGGGAAGAAAGACGCUGAGAAUGAACAUGGAAAAGGUGCUAAGAAACAUAAACGUCGUCAUCGUUCACGAUCAUCAACGUCGUCGGGAACAAGUAGUGGAACUAGCAGUGGUACUAGUAGCGGCACUAGUUCUAGUUCUAGCUCCAGUGAAAGUGAAGUAGAAGAAAAUGACAAGAAAAAGAAAUCGAAACAUCAUAAAACGAAAUCUAGUUCCAGCUCUAGUUCUAGUAGCUUAAGUUCUAGUGAAAGUGAAGUGGAACUGGACAAGAAAAACAAAUCGAAACAUCAAAAAAAGAAAUCGAAACAUCAUAAAAGUAAUUCAAGUUCCAGCUCUAGUUCUAGUAGCUCCAGUUCUAGUGAAAGUGAAGAGGAACUGGAAUUGAAAUCGAAACAUCAAAAAAAGAAAUCGAAACAUCAUAAAACGAAAUCUAGUUCCAGCUCUAGUUCUAGUAGCUCCAGUUCUAGUGAAGUGGAAGGGGACAGCAAAAAGAAAUCGAAACAUUAUAAAAAUAAAUCUAGUUCCAGUUCUAGUUGCUCAAGUUCUAGUGAAAGUGAAGUGGAACUGGACAAAAAAAGGAAAUCGAAACAUCAAAAACAGAAAUCGAAACAUCAAAAAACGAAAUCUAGUUCCAGCUCUAGUUCUAGUAGCUCAAGUUCUAGUGAAAGUGAAGUGGAACGGGAUAACAAAAAGAAAUCUAAACAUCAUGGUCACCGUCCACAUCAUAUGUUACCAUUCUGUGGAAUGUGGGGAUAUCCUCCAUUUGGUUGUCCCGCAAUGUCCCGUUCUAACUGCUGUGGUAUGGUAGAUAUUGCAAAGUGUCAUAAACGACUGGGAGAGGUGAAGAAACACCGUGGCAGUAAUGAGAAGCACGUUAGCCGUUCUCGUUCCCACUCUCGUGGACGUCAAUGUGAAAUGAAGAAGAAUCACCAUGGCCAUCAUAAGCGUCAUGUGAGCCGUUCUCGUUCCCGUUCCCACUCUCGUGGACGUCAAUGUGAAAUGAUGAAGAAACAUCAUGGACAUCACUCUCAUGGGCGUCAAUUUGAAAUGAUGAAGAAACAUCAUGGCCAUCAUAAGGGUCAUGUGAGCCGCUCUCGUUCCCGUUCUCACUCUCGCGGACGUCAAUGUGAAAUGAAGAAGAACCAUCAUAAGCGCCGAAUGAGUCGCUGUCGUUCCCGUUCUCAUUCUCGCGGACGUCAAUGUGAAAUGAAGAAGAACCACCAUGGCCAUCAUAAGCGUCAUGUGAGCCGCUCUCGUUCCCGUUCUCACUCUCGCGGACGCCAAUGUGAAAUGAUGAAGAAGCAUCAUGGUCAUCAUAAGCGUCAUGUGAGCCGCUCUCGUUCCCGUUCUCACUCUCGCGGACGUCAAUGUGAAUUGAAAAAGAAGCAUCAUGGUCAUCAUAAGCGCCAUGUGAGUCGCUCUCGUUCCCGUUCUCAUUCUCGCGGACGUCAAUGUGAAAUUAAAAAGAAGCAUCAUGGUCAUCAUAAGCGUCAUGUAAGCCGCUCUCGUUCCCGCUCUCACUCUCGCGGACGUCAAUGUGAAAUGAAGAAGAACCACCAUGGCCAUCAUAAGCGUCAUGUGAGCCGCUCUCGUUCCCGUUCUCACUCUCGCGGACGUCAAUGUGAAAUGAAGAAGAAUCAUCCCAAGCGUCAUAUGAGCCGAUCUCGUUCCCGUUCUCACUCUCGCGGACGUCAAUGCGAAUUGAAGAAGCACUGCCAAGGCCAUUAUAUGCAUCAAGGCAAUAAUAAACCCGGAUGUAGAAGAAACGCGUAUGUGCACUAUAAGGCAGCGUCUUCGUCAAGUUCCAGCUCCAGUUCGAGUAGCAGCAGCAGUAGUGACGAAGAAUAUACAACGAAAUUCCAUGGCAAAGGUAAAAAAUAUCACAAGAAAAUGUCCUCGUCUAGUUCAAGUUCGAGCAGUAGCGAAGAUGAGUCACCCAAACACCAGCGCACACCCCACUGUCCCCAAAUGGCUAUGAUGUUUGGUCGUUUUGCCAAUCAUCGGAUUAUGAGGAACUGGCCAUGUCCGAAAAUGUUUGGACUUGGUGGCAACCCGUUUAUGUUGCAACAACGUAAUAUGAUGUUCAGGCAUCCAUGGAUGAAGUGUCAUCAAGGAUUUGUUGGUGGUUGCCCCACUUUCCCUGGUCGUAUGCCACAUUUUGGAUGUUUCUAA